CCUAUAAAACAGUGAUUCUUGGUAGUUUGACUCUUCCUUGCAACUGAACUCCCCUGUUCAUCUUCUAGUAUCUCGCCCUUUAAUUUCGUUCUACAAAAAAGUUUCAGUUUUUCUUUUACAGAUUCAAAAUCCCAUCUUUCAUGUUAAAUACUUGAAUUGAAUCCAGAGUGUUUGUGAACGAUACUAACAAGCUACUGAAGCCAUCGAGGAAGCGGUUUGCCAUGGAGUCCAAACCCAAAGCCCCUAAAGUUGUUCGGAUUUACGUCACCGACGGCGACGCCACGGAUUCUUCCAGCAACGAAAGCGAAAAUGGUAGACGAAAGAAAGUGAAAAGGCAUGUGAGUGAAAUCAGGUUCCAAUACUGUUCAUCAUUCAGUUCCACCAAGCAAUCGAAGGAGCAAAAAAAUAUCAGAUCAAAGAAGCAGCAGCCACAACGACAACAACGGCAAUGUUUAUCUAGCGGUGUGAAGUACCGCGGUGUCCGACAAAGGCCUUGGGGAAGAUGGGCGGCUGAGAUCAGAGACCCAACGAGUCGGAGCAGGGUCUGGCUCGGGACUUUUGACACUGCUGAACAAGCUGCCUUGGCCUAUGACAGGGCAGCGAUUCGAUUCAAAGGUCCUGGGGCUCUUACAAACUUUGAUCUUGAAAUGAUUUCCGAGUAUGAUUCCGGCCAAGAAUCACAGUCUCUCUGUUCACCUAUUUCUGUUCUCAGAUUCCAAUCCAAUGAAGAAGCUGAACUUCAAACAGAAUCCGAGUCGAGAGAUGAGUCUUUAGAGAGAACAGAAACUGGAUGGAGCCAACUGUCAGAUGACUAUUUUUCAACAGAUCCAGGGGUUUUAUAUGAUCGCUUUGAUUCUGAUAUCCCUGCACCAAUAUUUUUCGAUGAAAUGAGGUUACCAGAAGACAAUAAAUUGGGACAGGAGGAUUAUGCCGAUAUUUCUGUUAAAUUAGAUGUCGAUUUCGGCUCUUGUUCUUGGGAUGUCGAUAAUUACUAUUAAGAUCAGACUAGUUUUUCCCGGAAACAGUUCCCGGGACUGAAGUGGCUGCUAAAUACUUUUACCGUCCGUAAUUUUAUGUGAUUUUGAUGGUAAAUUCCGAGUGGAAUUUUGGAUACAUUUUCCAGUUUUUCUCGUCUCUUCUAGUGUGUUUCUCUGCUGCUGCUGCUGCUGCUGCUGCUACUACAGUAUGUAAAGAAAUGCCAAGUAAAAUGUA